AUGCAAAGACGCCAUUAUGCACAGGAUAUCAAGAAUACACAUUUAAAAGAAUCUGUUCUAAACGGUGUCGCCUAUCAUCAUGCUGGCAUGGAUGCUGAAGACAGAAAAAUUAUUGAAGAUGCCUUCAUAUCCGGUUGUUUAUGUGUAUUAACAUGCACCAGUACACUUGCAAUGGGUGUUAAUUUACCAGCACAUUUAGUGAUUAUAAAAAAUACUGAACAAUAUAUUGAUGGUGAUUUAGUCGGCUAUAAUUCAACCCAGAUAUCACAAAUGGUUGGAAGAGCAGGUCGUCCACAGUUUGACGAUGAAGGUAUUGCAAUUAUAAUGACAUCCAGUAAUUUAAAAAUGCAUUAUACAACACUGUUAAAUACAUUUGAUGAAAUCAACAGCUGCUUGAAACCACGUCUACUACAUCAUUUACUAUGUGAAAUCAUUCUAAGAACGGUGUAUGAUUCGAAUAGUAUUUUGAAUUGGAUCAAAAAUACAUUCUUUUAUGUUCGAUUAAAGAAAUUUCCACAAAUAUAUGGUUUGCCGGUAAACUGUAGUGAAAAAUUAAUAGAUCAGUAUGCUCAAGGUCUAUGCUCUAAAGAAGUGAAUCAUUUAGAAGAACUGAAAUUAAUCAAAUACGAUUCAGAAAAUAAUGAAAUUAAUGCAACGGAAUUAGGUGAAUUAAUUUAUAAACAUAACUUGGAAUUCGAUACACUUACGCAAAUGUAUGAGUUAACUGGAGAUGAAACAACUGAAGAUUUGUUAUAUUUUAUUGCCAAUUGUCCAGAAAUAAAAGACAUUAGACUAAGGCAUUGUGAAAAGUCAGCGUUGAAUAAUAUAAGCAGAGCUAAAGGCAGAUUUAGUUUACGAUUUCCAAUCAAGUCAAGAAUUAAAAGUAUCCCGCUGAAAGUUGUUUGCCUGCUACAAGCACAACUAGGACAAGUGACACUGAAUGAUUAUUCAUUGAAACAAGAAAGUGAAAAGAUUAUUCAAUCAGCUUCACGUAUUUUAAAUGCUUUAGUAGGCUUAUUAUGGCUUCAUGAAAUUCCGACACCGUUAACAUUAGAUCAACAAUUAAACAAUUUGAGUAUUCCACUAAUUGCCUUAAAAUAUCCAUGUAUUCUAAAUGCAUUGGAAUUACGUAAAUCUAUACAAUUUGGGCGUUGGUUAAAUUUUCCAUUGAUAAAUUUGUACAAUUCAUCUCUAAUGUCUGAUAAUGAAAUUGACAAAUUAAUUCAAGCAAAUAUACUUACUACUAGUGCUAUACGACAAGCUGGUUGCAAGAAAUUAGAAAAUAUUUUAAAUAGAGAAUCUCCGUUUGGAUUGAAAUUGUUAGAAUUCUUGGAUAGUAUUCCGAAAUAUGAAGUAGAUGUAGAACAGCUGCCAAUUAGAGGUCCAUUCACUAUUGAAUUAGUACUUACAAUAAAACAAAGUGUAAAAGGUGCAAAGGAUACUGCGAUCUUAUUGGUCGGCGAUGCAAAUAAAUACUUACUCGGUAAAUGGUUAUUAGAAUGGACAAAUUUCGAAGAGUCUGGCAUAACUACUAAACACCUACAUCUUCCAAAUGACCAAAAAUUGAAUCCAAUAAGUAUAAGUUUGUGCAGUUUACACUAUGGUGGUGUUGAUCUACAUACAAAAUAUCAUUUCAUUUCUAUGUCUGAAAUGCAUAACCAUAUUAAUCCAUCAUCAGAGUUAUUUAAUAAAGAAAUUUCUACUGAAAAAGAAUUAUCUAUCGGUUAUACAGAACUAAAAACACAGAAUAACUCGUCUACAGUGAAUACUUGGAAAAAUAUUAACAAUAAUAAUAACAAUAAUAACAGUGCCCAUCCUCAUGAUAAAUUUAACCUAUGGCCAGCUCCUGUUUCACAACCUUCGCAUAUCAUUCAUCCAUUUUACAGUAAUGGCAGUAAUAAGCUAGAUGACCUGGAACUACCCUUUACCCCAGUUGCCAAUAAAAAAAUGUCAGUUCAUCAAAAUGAAAAUGCAAAGAAACGCAAAAUGAAUAUUCAAUCAUUUCAGAACAAAAUGCAAUCAAAAUAUGCUGGACAGUGCUCUUUCAAAUGGACACCAACUUGUCAAAUUGAUAAAGGAACACCAAAUACGAUGACAGAGAAGUCAAUGAAUACUCCUUUAGUACAAAGAUCUAUGCUUGAUUAUUUAAAAAUAAAUAAUAAGAUUUCAAAAUCAGAACCUUCUAAGAAGCAUAAUCCUAUAGAAGAAAUGAAGAAAACAUUUACUCCUAACACCACAGUAGACGCAGAUAACUCAAGCAGGAGAUCUAAUCGUAAACGAUUCAAAUGGGAUCCAAAUUCGCAAACUAGUAUGGAUCUGGAUUCAAGUGAAGUUUGUCAACUUCAACAUUUACCUUGA